AGUUUCCAUAUAAUGCUCUUGGUCAAGCCUGCAUAGAAUAUGCACAAAACAGGAAGUUCACACACCCAUUCAUUUGGGGAACAGUUAUUGAGUGUCUGCAGUAGGGCAGAUAUUGCUGAGUAUUAGUAGAAUUCCUUGAAAGAAUCUUUUCCAUCAUAAAGCACAUUGUGGGGAGGGUGAUGUGAGAGACAAGAAGUAAUGGUAAAAGUGGAUGGAACAAAAGUGGGACUUGGAAAAUGUUGCCCUGUAAGAAGAGAAGAACUACGUUGACAGAGUCCCCACAACAUCAGGGCAGCCAGGAGGAAGAUGACUUAGACCUUCAGUCAGCUGUUAAACCAGAAUCUGACCAAGUUAAAGACCUGGGGUCAGUGUCCCUGUCCUGGAGUCCAAGUCAUGGCAGAGCAGCUGACCUUGACGUGCAGGAUGCAGGAAUUCAGCUUGGUAUGGAGGACCCAUCUUUGAGCUCUAGGAUGCUCACCGACAAUACAAAUGUUGCAGUUCUGGAAGCUGUGGAUGUGGCCAUCUCUCAGGAAAUCACCCUACCUUCCUUGGAGUCUUCUCAGCCUGUAAAUACACACAUUGGUAAAGGAAAACUUCAGGCCACUAGCUCAAGGAGAGGGAAGAAAAUUACACUCAGACCUGGGUCAGUUACUCAAGAAGACAGAGGUGAUCAUCCUAUUGCUAAGGAGCCUUUUUCAGAAGAGCCUGGUGAAGAAGUCAAGGAAGGAGGAGGAAAAUCUCAAAUGCAUUCUGGAGGGGAGAUGCCUACUUUGCCAUCAGACAGCCACUCUGCAAAACCUGCAGCCUCACCUAGGAAAUCAUCUCAGCCAGAUGUCUGUGCCUCUCCUCAAGAAAAGCCACUCAGGACUCUAGCUCACCAAGCUGAGGAAGAGACAGAGGAUGGUGGACUCUUUAUUCCAAUGGAAGAGCAUGACAGUGAAGAAAAUGAGAAAAGGCGAAAAAAGAAAAAGGGUACCAAGAGGAAAAGAGAUGGAAGGGAUCAAGAAGAAAGGACUUUGUCUUGUGACCUGAAGCUGGAUGACAUGCUUGACCGCACCUUAGAGGACGGCGCUAAGCAGCACAACUUGACCGCAGUCAACGUGCGAAACAUCCUUCAUGAAGUAAUCACAAAUGAACAUGUGGUAGCUAUGAUGAAAGCAGCCAUCAGUGAGACGGAAGAUAUGCCAAUGUUUGAGCCCAAAAUGACACGCUCUAAACUGAAAGAAGUGGUGGAAAAAGGAGUGGUAAUUCCAACAUGGAAUAUUUCACCAAUUAAGAAGGCCAAUGAAAUUAAGCCGCCUCAGUUUGUGGAUAUCCACCUUGAAGAUGAUGAUUCGUCAGAUGAAGAGUACCAGCCAGAUGAUGAAGAAGAAGAUGAGACUGCUGAAGAGAGUUUAUUGGAAAGUGAUGUGGAAAGCACCGCUUCAUCUCCACGUGGGGCAAAGAAAUCCCGAUUGAGGCAGUCUUCUGAGAUGACUGAAACAGAUGAGGAGAGUGGCAUAUUAUCAGAGGCUGAGAAAGUCACCGCACCUGCCAUCAGACACAUCAGUGCUGAGGUAGUGCCCAUGGGGCCUCCGCCCCCACCAAAGCCCAAACAGACCAGGGAUAGUACUUUCAUGGAGAAGCUGCAUGCAGUAGAUGAAGAGCUGGCUUCCAGUCCGGUCUGCAUGGAUUCUUUCCAGCCCAUGGAUGAUAGUCUGAUUGCUUUCCGAACUCGCUCUAAGAUGCCACUGAAAGAUGUUCCCUUGGGGCAGCUAGAAGCAGAGCUCCGAGCUCCAGACAUCACCCCAGACAUGUAUGACCCCAAUACAGCGGACGAUGAGGACUGGAAGAUGUGGCUGGGAGGACUUAUGAAUGAUGAUGUGGGGAAUGAAGAUGAAGCAGAUGAUGAUGAUGAUCCGGAAUAUAAUUUCCUGGAAGACCUCGAUGAACCAGAUACAGAGGAUUUCCGCACUGACCGGGCAGUAAGAAUCACCAAAAAGGAAGUGAAUGAACUGAUGGAAGAGCUGUUUGAAACUUUUCAAGACGAGAUGGGAUUCUCCAACAUGGAAGAUGACGGCCCAGAAGAGGAGGAACGUGUGGCUGAGCCUCGGCCUAACUUUAACACCCCUCAAGCCUUACGGUUUGAGGAACCACUGGCCAACUUACUAAAUGAGCAACAUCGCACCGUGAAGGAGCUACUUGAACAGCUGAAGAUGAAAAAAUCUUCAGCCAAACAGCAGCAGGAAGUAGAGAGGGUUAAUAAACCCCAGAGGGAGAAGGUUCAUCAGACUCUGAUUCUAGACCCAGCACAGAGGAAGAGGCUCCAGCAGCAGAUGCAGCAGCAUGUUCAGCUCUUGACGCAAAUUCACCUUCUCACCAGUUCCAACCCCAAUCUCAGUUCGGAGGCCAGUACCACCAGGAUAUUUCUUAAAGAGCUGGGAACCUUUGCUCAAAGCUCCAUCGCCCUCCAUCAUCAGUUCAACCCCAAGUUUCAGACCUUGUUCCAACCCUGUAACCUGAUGGGAGCCAUGAAGCUUAUUGAAGACUUCAGCACACAUGUCAGCGUUGACUGGAGUCCUCGUAAAACUGUCAAGAAGACUGCCUGUAAAUUGCCCUGUUUGCCAAAGCAAGUGGCUUGGAUCCUAGCCACUAGCAAGGUUUUCAUGUAUCCAGAGUUACUUCCAGUGUGUUCUCUGAAGGCCAAGAAUCCCCAGGAUAAGAUUUUCUUCACCAAAGCAGAAGACAAUUUGUUGGCUUUAGGACUGAAGCACUUUGAAGGGACGGAGUUUCCCAAGCCUCUGAUCAGCAAGUACCUUCUCACUUGCAAGACUGCCCACCAGCUGACAGUGAGAAUCAAGAACCUCAACAUGAACAGAGCUCCUGACAACAUCAUUAAAUUUUAUAAGAAGACCAAACAGCUGCCCAUCUUAAUGAAGUGCUGUGAAGAGAUCCAGCCGCAUCAGUGGAAGCCGCCUGUAGAGAGGGAGGAGCACCGGCUUCCGUUCUGGUUAAAGGCCAGUCUGCCGUCCAUCCAGGAGGAACUGCGGCACAUAGCUGGUGGUGCCAGAGAGGCAGGAAAUGUGACUGGAACCACUGAGAUCAACUCAGACCCAGGCCUGGGAAAAGGCAGCUCGGAACUGGAGAGUGAAACUCGGUAUCCACUGCUACUGCCCAAGGGUGUAGUCCUGAAGCUGAAGCCAGUUGCCAACCGUUUUUCUAGGAAGGCUUGGAGACAGAAGCGGUCCUCCACCCUGAAGCCCUUUUUUUUCGGACCCAGCCCCUCUCUCCAGCCUAGCUCCAGCUCUGGGAAGACACCGGCUAGAUCAGCUCACUCAGAAGCCCCUCCAAGCAAAAUGGUGGUCCGGAUUCCUCCCCUGAUCCAGCCAGCCACGGUCUUACAGGCAGUGCCAGGUGGCCCUCCUCUGGGGGCCCCCGGGGGGGACAGUUUUGAGUCUCCAGCAGCACUGCCAGCUGCAGCUGCUGAGGCCAGGACCAGCUUCCCUCUGCCUGAGCCGCAGACCCUGCUGUCCUCCGCCCCUGUGCCGAAGCUAAUGCUGCCUUCACUUGCUUCUUCGAAGUUUCGAAAGCCAUGUGUGAAACGGAGAGCCUCCAAGAGAAAGGGACCCAAGGCCUCUCUCUGUCUGAAGCCUGCCCCUCUCAUCCACCCUGCGCCCGUGUUCUUCACUGUUCCCGCCGCGACCGUGAAGGUUGUGAGCCUCGGCAGCGGCUGCAACAUGGUGCAGCCCGUCAGUGCAGCGGUGGCCCGGAGUCCUCAGACCAUCCCCAUCACCACCCUGCUGGUUAACCCUACUGCCUUCCCCUGUGCGUUGAACCAGCCCCUUGUGGCCUCCUCCAUCCCCCCCUUAAUUGUCUCUGGCCCCUCUGUGAAUCUCUCUGUACCAUCCACCCCUGAAGAUAAAGCCCCCGUGAAUGUGGACACAGGUUGUCCUUUGGCUGAGGGGAAAAAUGCCUUUCCAGGCCUCGAACCCAAACUAGAACCUCGGGAACCGUCUCCUGUCUGUGCUGCUGUCUUCCCCAAAGAGGAGCACAGCCCAGGGCCUCCAGCUACAGACAGAGCGUGCCAGGAGCAGCUGUCGGAGAGCAGUGCCUGUGGCUGGACCACUGUGAAAACGGAGGAGGGGAGGCAGGCCCCUGAACCCCUGCCUCAGGGCUUCCGGGAAUCUCUGCACACUUGCCCUGAGGAUUUAGAGGAAAUCGUUAAGACGGAACCUAAAGAUCCUGGGCAGGACACCUGUGGUGGAUCCCUGGAGCAGGACAGCCAUGAUGAAAUCAAAGAAGAACACUCUGUGGAGUUGGACACUGGCUUCCCAAGUGGGGAGUCAAGUGGGCCUAGAGAGGGGAAGAAACAGACAGGCCUACAACAGGAGGAGGAGAGGAGUCAAGCAGCUCAAACCCUUUCGGCUUCUCAAGAGCCUCCUGGGGAAGGAAACUCAGGAGAUGUGAGCAAAGGGUCCCCAAGGGACGCUUCCUUCUCCACUGACCCUGAAAUGGUGCUUAGCAGCCCCCUGGGGAAGCCCGAAGACCUAUCCAGCGUUGAUGGUCAGUCAGUGGGGACCCCAGCAGGACCAGAAACUGCAGGAGAGAAGGAUGGGCCAGAGGAAGAGGAAGAAGAGGACUUUGAUGACCUUACCCAGGAUGAGGAAGACGAGAUGUCAUCAGCCUCUGAGGAAUCUGUACUUUCUGUCCCAGAACUCCAGGAAACAAUGGAGAAACUGACUUGGCUUGCAUCUGAAAGGCGCAUGAGUCAGGAGGGUGAGUCUGAGGAAGAGAACUCCCAGGAAGAGAAUUCUGAGCCUGAGGAAGAAGAGGAAGAAGAAGCAGAAGGAAUGGAAAACCUGCAGAAGGAGGAUGAAAUGAUGGAUGAAGCCAUCGGAGACCCUGCCGAGAAGCCUCCUGCCACCUUUGCCUCCCCAAAGGCUGCUCCAGAAGUGGAGACCAGCAGGACCCCACCAGGAGAGAGCAUCAAAGCUGCAGGAAAGGGCCGGAGUAAUCAUCGCGCUCGCAGCAAGCGGGGCAGUCGGGCCCGGGCCAGCAAGGACACCGCCAAGCUGCUGUUACUGUAUGAUGAGGACAUCCUCGAGCGAGAUCCACUCCGGGAGCAGAAGGAUUUGGCCUUUGCUCAGGCUUAUCUGAGCAGGGUCCGAGAAGCCCUGCAGCACAUCCCUGGCAAGUAUGAAGACUUCCUUCAGGUCAUCUAUGAGUUUGAGUCAAGCACUCAGAGGCAGACAGCUGUGGAUCUCUACAAGAGCCUGCAAAUUCUGCUCCAAGACUGGCCUCAGCUGUUGAAGGACUUUGCUGCUUUCCUGUUACCUGAGCAAGCACUGGCCUGUGGAUUAUUUGAAGAGCAGCAGGCUUUUGAGAAGAGUCGCAAGUUUCUUCGGCAGCUGGAAAUUUGCUUUGCAGAGAACCCCUCACACCACCAGAAGAUCAUCAAGGUCCUCCAGAGCUGUGCAGACUGCUUGCCCCAGGAGAUCACUGAGCUCAAGACACAGAUGUGGCAGCUCCUCAAGGGCCACGACCACCUACAGGAUGAGUUCUCCAUCUUCUUUGACCAUCUGCGCCCAGCAGCUAGCCGGAUGGGUGACUUUGAAGAGAUCAAUUGGACCGAGGAGAAGGAGUAUGAGUUUGAUGGCUUUGAAGAAGUGGCAUUGCCUGAUGUGGAAGAGGAAGAGGAACCUCCCAAGAUACCCACAGCCUCAAAGAACAAAAGAAGAAAAGAGAUUGGGGUCCAAAAUCACGAUAAGGAGGCUGAGUGGCCAGAUGGGGCCAAGGACUGUGCCUGUUCCUGCCAUGAGGGAGGUCCUGACUCCAAGAUGAAGAAGAGCAAAAGGAGAAGUUGUAGCCACUGCAGCAGCAAGGUCUGUGACAGCAAACCCUACAAGAGCAAGGAGCCCCAUGAGUUGGUGGGCAGCAGUCCCCACCGAGAGGCCAGUCUUACGCCUGGUGCUAAGGAAGCUGGGCAGGGCAAGGACGUGAUGGAGGAGGAAGCCCCAGAAGAGCGAGAAAGCAUUGAGGCAGCCCAGAGCAGGACUGGCAGGAGUACCAGGAAGGGAGAGGUGCCUGUUGCAGGAUUGGCAGCGGGGAGCACUUUGCCAUCCCCUAAAGAAGUGACUUUUACAGACCAGCUCCUCCUUGAUGGCCUGCCACCACCCUGCUCACCAGAGCCUCCUCAGCUUCCCUCCACAGCUGGAACUGUGCUGUGCACUGUCAGGAGUAACCAGGCUGAGCCUGCAGCUCUCCCCUGCCCCAGGGCAUCCCCCGGACCUCAGGAUGAGGGGGAGGGCCACAAGCCAGGGGCUGAGCUGGAACAAUCCAUGCUGGCCUGGGAUGCCUCCGAAACUGAGAAAUUGCCUGGAACUGUCGAACCCCCUGCCUCUUUUCUGAGUCCUGUUUCCUCAAGGACUGGAGACUUCGGGAGAAGACAGGUGCCUGGGAAACCAGACACAGAAGAGAGCUGGCUGCCUUCCAGCAGAGCUGGGGCAACCACAGCAGACAGGGUGUCCCCUCUCCAUGGAGCUUCUUCAGCAGGAGUUGACACUUCAGAGACUUCUCCUAAAGUCCCUAGAGGAGGUUUGGCUAAAGACAGUGGACUACAGGGCAAGGGUCCAGCAGGGGAGCUGCAGACGAAGGCCACAGAAGCUACAGUAUGUGCCAACAACAGCAAGGUCAGCUCCACUGGGGAAAAGGUGGUCCUGUGGACAAGGGAAGCUGACCGGGUGAUCCUGACCAUGUGCCAGGAGCAAGGAGCACAGCCGCAGACUUUCAGUGUCAUCUCCCAGCAGCUGGGAAAUAAGACCCCUACUGAGGUUUCCCAUCGUUUUCGAGAACUCAUGCAGCUCUUCCACACAGCCUGUGAGGCCAGCUCUGAGGACGAGGACGACGCGACCAGUACCAGCAAUACAGACCAGCUGUCUGACCACGGGGACCUUCUGUCUGAGGAAGAGCUGGAUGAGUGAGACCUGGAGUGUGAGGGUGUCAUCUGAGCAUUGAGCCCACCAGGCACCCUGGUGAUCAGGGAGAGGGUGGGGUGCUGCACCUCGCUUUUGCAGCUGUUGAGUUCAGUAUGCGGAGCUGGAGGAACAGGGGCCAGGGACAGUGACAAAGGCAGGCUGGGGGUCGCACGGUCCUGCCACCCUGUGCAUCUUUUACGAAGACCUUAGAAAUAGUUGUAAAGAGCAUUGAGGGAGAGUGGGUCGCAGUUCCUUUUCUGUGUUGUACUUUUUUCUGUCUGAUGGUACAUAUUUAUUGUUGUGUGAUUUGAUCACAGUGUUUCUAAAUGUAAUAAAUGCGUGUGUUGGUGUAGCCAGUCCCAAGACACUGAGCUCCUGCA